ACCCCUCUCUCAUCCCUCUCCCCCACCCCCCUCUUCUUGCCCACACUAUGGCCGACACCAAGCCGCCGCUCUUGCUGUUCUCCGGGUCGUCGAACCCGAAGCUCGCCGAGGCUGUGGCCAAGGCGCUGGACAUUUCGCUGGGACGGGUGCUGGUGGACGUCUUCAAUGACGGCGAGCGGCGAAUCGAGAUCCACGACUCGGUCCGUGGCUCCCACUGCUUUAUCCUCCAGUCGCCGGCCCGGACCGACGUCAAUGACCACCUCAUGGAGCUGCUGCUGAUGAUUCGGACCAUGAAGCGGGCGUCUGCUCGCGAGGUCACCGUCGUCAUGCCGUACCACCCGUACGCGCGCGCUGACCGCAAGAUGCGCUCGCGGACCCCGAUCUCGGCGUCGGACACGGCGCUCAUCAUCGAGGCGUGCGGCGCCGACCGCGUCCUCUCGGUCGACCUGCACUGCGGGCAGAUCCAGGGCUUCUACACCAUUCCGGUCGACAACCUGUAUGCCUCAGGUGUCUUUGCCCGCCACUUUGCCGCCAUGGCCGAGUCGUUUGACGCUCCGGUCUGCGUCGUCUCGCCUGACGCCGGCGGUGUCGCCCGCGCCAAGAUCUUCAUCAAUGGCCUCGCUCGCCUCGGCGUCGAGGCCUCGCUGGCCCUGGUUGUCAAGCAGCGCGCGUCUGCUGGUGUCAUUGCCGAGACCACGCUCGUCGGAUCAGAGAACGUUGCCGGCUCCAUUGCUCUUGUCGUUGACGACAUGCUCGACACCUGCGGCACCCUCUGCCGCUGCACUGACGAGCUCCUCGCCGCCGGCGCCGUCCGCGUCUACGCCGCUGCCUCUCACGGCCUCUUCUCCAAGGAUGCUCUCGACAAGAUUGCAAACUCGUCGCUUGUCGAGCUCAUCGUCACCGACACCAUUCCGCUUCCCGAGGGCGCGCCCGACAAGAUCGUCCAGCUCUCCGUCGCCUCGCUCCUGGCCGACGCCAUCUCGUGCGUCGCCACGGGCCAGAGUGUCUCCUCGCUCUUCUAGCUUCCUCGCUCCCUUCCCUCUCCCGCUAGUCCGCGCUUCCUCGCGUAUUUUGGCUCCUCUCGGCCCCUAACACCUUCCCCUCAGCAAACACCUGGGCCGGCCUC